AUGAUCUCCUAUAUACUACGGAUGAACCUCUUGGAAUCAGAAUACGAGUACCUUAUGGAGCCUACAAAUGGAGACCCACUACUCGAGAUUAUUCAAUCAGCAGUGACUAUUGGGAAAUUACAGUCCAUGCUUGAUACAGUCGACUACACCAGCCUGACUGCUUGUCAAGAUAUACUUCAUCGAUGCUACGAGGCACGAGAAUGUCUCUUGAGAUUACGUACUGAUGGACUUCUGGGUGAAGACCCCUCGGAUAACGAAUGUGCUGCGAACUAUUUCCAACCUAUCAAUGAGGCAGUUCCCUCCUCGACCCUUUUAUUCGGCCCUCCCUAUCACUUUUCAUCGUCCGAUCAUGUGGCACUCUACAUGAUGUUUUGGGGGGUUCAGAUGCUGUUCCAACGAUUGAUUUAUCGUGCACGCUCUAUAUUCCAAUUGCACACAGACAUCACAAGAUCAGGAUUCCAGGAGGAUCUUUCACAUUCAUACUUUUUUGAAAAUCAGGAAAUCUCACUUCCAGGGGUAUAUGCGAACAGAAUAGCUCGUGCAGUCCCCUACUGCCUGCAGGAGAGCUUGAAAAACACGUGUCAUAGGCCGAUAUUAUUCAGUCUGAGCGGAGUUUCAGCCUACUGUGUUGAGAUUGGAGAUCGCAGGAAAUUUGAUUGGUGCCAGGAGGUCUUUAAGCACACAGAGGCUCGUGGGACUGGUACUUCUGCUCAUCUUUUUGCGCUAGCAAACAGCCGGUGGGAGCGCCGACAGGAGAUGGGGAGAAAUCAAUUCGUGUGUCUAUCUCUUCGGUCACAGACUUAUAAUUCUCUGUGCAAUGUGAUGCCCCCUGCUUUACCAAAGGCAUGCAGUGGUAUUGGAGGUACAUCCGCGUACCACAGUGAUGGGCCGAUAGUCGCUGAGAUCUUCGAGUAA